AUGACUUCCAGUGAGGAAAAUAGAAUUGUAUGUCAGGAGCAGUUUUCAGAGGAAAAUUUAACGAAAGAAGAUUUCAACCCCCCGGUAGACUACACCAAGAACUGUAGUGGUUUCUCAGGUGCAAGGUUCAUUAUAGAGUGCGGCAUCAAACUCAAGGCAAGUGUGCUUACCGUCGCCACAGCUGCCACAUAUUACCACAAGUUUUAUGAAGAUGCGUCCCUUGAUGAGUACGACCCAUAUCUCAUUGGCUGCACAUGCUUGUACCUUGCGUCAAAGGUAGAGGAUGAUGAUAUCAAAAUUAGAGACAUAAUUAACGUUGGAAUCAACUGCGUCCGAAGAGGGGAACCUCCUCUCUCCCUUGAUCCCUAUUUCUGUAUGCGGGACUCCCUGAUUCAAGCCGAGUUGUUGCUUAUGCGUUUUCUGGGGUUCAAGAUGAAGGUGGACUUGCCACAUAAAUACUUGCUCCACUACAUACAGUCAAUCAAAGACUGGCUAGGGAAUGAAGUGUUUGAUACCGUGCCCAUAAUUCAGCUUGCUUGGACAGUAAUUCAAGAUGUUUACCAUUCACCCAUUGUGCUAAAGUACCCCCCUCAAGUUUUGUCGGCAGCAAUACUAAAUCUGGUCGUCCAAGUAUACGGGAUCGUUGUGACGAGUUCUGAGGAGGUGAAUGCCCACUCUUGGUUUACCAUCUUGCACCCGGAUUGUACGACAAAGACCGUUUGGGAAGUUACGGCGAAGAUUGUCCUGAUGUACAAAGAAGAGGAUAACUUGAUCUUAUCUGUGUGA